AUGACUACUGUAACAAUUACCACAACAGCAGCACCAAUAACAACAACAGCUGCACCAAUAACCACAACUACUCCAACUUCAUCUAUGUCAGCUGCACCAACAACUACUACUACUGCACCAACAACCACUACAUCUACAUCAACAACCACAAAAACUGCACCAACAUCUACUACAGCUGCACCAACAAUCAUGACAGCUGCACCAACAACCACUACAGCUGCACCAACAACCACGACUGCUGCACCAAUAACCACUACAGUUGCACCCACAUCUACUACAGCUGCACCAAGAACCACGACUGCUGCACCAAUAACCACUACAGCUGCACCAACAUCUACUACAGCUGCACCAACAACCAAAACAGCUGCACCAAUAACCACAACAGCAGCACCAACAUCCACAAUAGCUGAACCAACAAGCACGACAGCUGCACCGACAUCCACAACAGCUGCAACAAAAACCACGACAGCAGCACCAACAACCACGACUAGUCCAACAUCAUCCACUACAGCUGCACCAACAACAACGACUACUGCACCAAUAUCUACUACAGCUGCACCAACAACCACAACAGCAGCACCAACAUCUACAAAAACUGCACCAACAACCAUGACAGCUGCACCAACAUCCACUACAGCUGAACCAACACCCACUACAGCUGCACCAAAAACCACAACAGUAGCACCAACAACCACGACAGCUACCCCAACAACCACGACUAAUGCACCAACAAACACGAAUACUGCUACAACAUUCACUUCGUCUGAACUAACAAGCACGACAGCUGCACAUACAACCACUACAGCUGCACCAACAACCACGGCUACUGUACCAACAACCACGACAGCAGCACCAACAACCACGACAGCUGCACCAAAAACCACGACUACUCCAACAUCAUCAACUACAGCUGCACCAACAACUACUACAGCUGCACCAACAACCACUAAAGCUGCAUCAACAUCCACUACAGCUGAACCAACAACGACAGCUGCACCAACAACCACGAAAGCUGCACCAACAACCACAUCUACUACAACAUCAUCUACUCCAGCUUGCACCAACAACCACACCAGCUGCACCAACAUCCACUACAGCUGCCCUAACAACCACGACUGCUACACCAAUAAGCACAACAACUGCACCAACAAUCACGACAGGUGCACUAUCAAACACAACAGCUGCACCCACAACCACAAAUGCUGCACCAACAUCCGCUUCAGCUGCAUCCACAACCACUACAUCUGCAUCAACAGCCAAGACUACUGUACCAAUUACCACAACAGCAGCACCAACAACCACGACAGCUGCACCAACAACUGCACCGACAACCACGACAGCUGCAUCAACAACCACGACAGCUGCACCAACAAUCACACCAGCUGUACCAACAACCACAACAGCUGCACCAACAUCUACUACAGCUGCACCAACAACCACAACAGCUGCACCAACAACCACGACUUCUGCAGCAACAACAACCAUUACAGCUGCAACAACAACCACAACUGCUGCACCAACAACCACUACAGCUGCACCAGCAUCUACUACAGCUGCACCAAAAACCACGACUGCUGCACAAACAACCACGACUGCUGCACCAACAACCACGACUGCUGCACUAACAACAAUCAUUACAGCUGCAACAACAACCACAACUUCUGCACCAACAACCACUACAGCUGCACCAGCAUCUACUACAGCUCUGCACCAACAACCACUACAGCUGCACCAGCAUCUAGUACAGCUGCACCAACAACCACGACAGUUGCACCAGCAACCACGCCAGCUGCCCUAACAACAUGGACUGCUGCACCAAUAACCACGACGGCUGCACUAAUAACCACAACAGCUGCACCAACAACCACGUCCGCUGCAUCAAAAACCACGACAGUUGCACCAAUAACUACGACUUCUGUACCAACAACCACAAAUACUGAACCAACAGCCACGACUGCUGCACCAAUAACCACGACUGCUGCAAAAACAACCACGAAGGCUGCACCAACAACCACUACGACUGCACCAACAACCAUGACUGCUACACCAAUAACCACGACUGCUGCACCAACAACCACUACAGCUGCACCAACAUUUACUACAGCUGCAUCAACAACCACGACUCUUGCACCAACAACAACACCAGCUGCACCAACAACAACAACAGCUGCACCAACAACCACAACAGCUGCACCAACAACCACAACAGCUGCACCAACAACCACAACAGCUGCACCAACAACCACGACAGCUGCACCAACAAUUAUAACAGCUGAAACAACAACCACAACAGCUGCACCAACAACCACUACGGCUGCACCAACAUCCUCAACCGCUGCACCAACAUCUACUACAGCUGCACUAACAACCAAUACAACGGCACCAACAACCACAACAGCUGCACCAACAACCACAACAGCUGCACCAACAAUUACAAAAGCUGCACCAACAACCACAACAGCUGCACCAACAACCACGACAGCUUCACCAACAACAACUACCGCUGCACCAACAUAUACUACAGCUGCACCAACAUCUACUACAGCUGCACCAACAUAUACGACAGCUGCACCAAUAACCACGACAUCUGUACCAACAACCACAACUACUGAACCAACAGCCAUGACAGCUGCACCAACAACCAUUACAGCUGCACCAACAUCUACGACAACUGCACAAACGACCACAACAGCUGCACCAACAACCAUGACUGCUACACCAAUUACCACAACUGCUGCACCAACAACCACGACAACUGCACCAACAACCAUGACUGCUACACCAAUAACCACAACUGCUGCACCAACAACCACAACAGCUGCAUCAACAACCACGACAGAUGCACCAACAACCACACCAGCUGCAACAACAAGCACGGCAGCUGCCCUAACAACCACGACUGCUACACCAACAACCACUACAGCUGCACCAACAACCACUACAGCUACUGCACCAACAACCACGACAGCUGCACCAACAACCACGACGGCUGCACCAACAACCACACCAGCUGUACCAACAACCACAGUAGCUGCAACAACAACCACAACAGCUGCACCAACAACCACUACGGCUGCACCAACAACCACAACAGCUGCACCAACAACCACGACAGCUGCACCAACAACCACUACAGCUGAACCAACAUCUACUACAGCUGGACCAACAACCACAACAGCUGCACCAACAUCCACUACAGCUGCACCAAAAACCACAACAGUAGCACCAACAACCACGACAGCUGAACAAACAACCACAAAUACUGCACCAACAUCUACCACAGCUGCACCAACAACCACGACAGCUACCCCAACAACCACGACAGCUACCCCAACAACCACGACUAAUGCACCAACAACCACGAAUACUGCAACAACAUUCACUUCGUCUGAACUAACAAGCACGACAGCUGCACCAACAACCACUACAGCUGCACCAACAACCACGGCUACUGUACCAACAACCACGGCAGCAGCACCAACAACCACGACAGCUGCACCAACAUCUACUACAUCUGCACCAAGAACCACGACAGCUGCACCAACAACCACGACUGCUGCACCAAUAACCACGACAACUGCACCAACAACCAUGGCAGCUGCACCAACAACCACUACAUCUGCAACAACAACCACAACUACUGCACCAACAUCCACUACAGCUGCACCAACAACUACUGCACCAACAACCACGACAGCUGCACCAACAUCCACAACAGCAGCCCUAACAACCACGACUGCUACACCAACAACCACAACAGUUUCACCAAGAACCACAACAGCUGCACCAACAUCCACUACAGCUGCCCAAAAAACCCCGACUGCUGCACCAACAACCACUACAUCUGCACCAACAACCACAAAUACUGCACCAACUUCCGCUUCAGCUGCAUCAAUAACCACUACAUCUGCGUCAACAUCCACGACUACUGUAUCAAUUACCACAACAGCAGCACCAAUAACCACGACAGCUUCACCAACCACCAUGACUGCUGCACCAAUAACCACUACAGCUGCACCAACAACCUCUACAACUGCACCAACAAUCACAACUAAUGCACCAAUAACCACUACAGCUGCACCAACAUCUAAUACAGCUGCAUCAAAAACCACUACAACUGCACCAACAACUACAACAGCUGCACCAACAACUGCACCAACAACUACUCCAGCUGCACCAACAAUCACGACUAAUGCACCAAUAACCACUACAGCUGCACCAACAUCUACUACAGCUGCAUCAACAACCACGACAGUUGCACCAAUAACCAUGACUAAUGCACCAACAACCACUACAUCUACAUCAACAACCACGAAAACUGCACCAACAUCUACUAAAGCUGCACCAACAACCACACCAGCUGCAACAACAACCAAUACAGCUGCACCAACAACGACAGCUGCACCAACAACCACGAAAGCUGCACCAACAACCACAUCUACUACAACAUCAUCUACUCCAGCGUCACCAACACCUACUACAGCUUCACAAACAACCAUUUCAGCUGCACCAACAUCUACUACAGCUGCAUCAACAACCACGACAGUUGCACCAACAACCACACCAGCUGCACCAACAUCCACUACAGCUGCCCUAACAACCACGACUGCUACACCAAUAAGCACAACAACUGCACCAACAAUCACGACAGGUGCACUAUCAACCACAACAGCAGCACCAACAACCACUACAGCUGCACCAACAAGCACUACAGCUGCACCAACAACCACUUCCACUCUGCAUCAACAACCACGACAGCUGCACCAACAAUCACACCAGCUGUACCAACAACCACAACAGCUGCACUAA